UUUGUGAAUCCCCGGUUCUAACCACCUGAGGGCCCGGUGAAUGACGGUCGAUCCAUGAAACAAGCUGUUGGUACAUCCACUAUGCCCGCCAAUGGCUUCUCGACCUGCCAAACGGCAGCGCCGCUCGACCCUCACCAACUCCGAUGACAAUCAAGACUAUGUCCCACCUGCGACUCGAGCGUUUAGAAGUUCGACACAGCGCGAGAUCACCCGGGAUGGCAAGACCUCAUCCAACCCAUCGCCCACGAAACCAGCAAAGACCAAACCAGUUGCGAAACGGCAACCACCAAAACCCUCUCCCAAGUCCUCCCCCGAUAAAUCGAGAAAGAAUAGUGCCAAGUCACCCAAAUCGCCGGAAAAGUCAAAGUCCCUGCACAGUUUCUUCUCAAAAGUUACAGAAGAAGAACGCUGGAGGAAGAAGUCGCUUACCCCAGACUUGGUCUCUGAAAACGGCGAACUGGGCGACGACAUCAUCGAGGACGACGAUCUAUCUGAUGAGACCCUCCAAGAGCUGGGAAGUCGGACAAACAAAGCUGCCACCUCUCUGGAGCGACCAAAGCCCCCAGUGUCUUCUGUCGCUAGUCUCAAAAAUGGGCUUAGCUCUGCGCCCUCGAGCCAGAGAUUCGUAAACCAGAAUGUGUCAAAUCAUGUCAAGGUAAAGGUCGAAGAUGAGGACGCCAUGCUUUCGCAGACCCAUCGCCCCUGGGCUGACCGAUAUGGGCCUCAAAGCCUGGACGAGUUGGUUGUACAUAAGAAAAAAGUUUCAGACGUUCAAGGCUGGCUCCAAGGCAAAAUCAGUGGGCGUAAUCCUCAGAAGAUUCUUGUACUCAAGGGCCCAGCUGGAAGUGGUAAAACAACAACCGUCGCUUUACUGGCCAAAUCUAUGGGCUUGCAGCUUGUCUUUUGGCAGAAUCCUGGAACCAAUGAAGGCGGCCGGAUGAACUCAAUCGCCGUCCAAUUCGGCGAGUUUCUCAACCGGGGCGGUCAAUUUGAAAGUCUUGUUCUCGCCAAAGAGCACUCAUCCUCCGCCUCAGACGUCCAUGGCCGCAUCCUCGUCGUUGAAGAAUUUCCAACCUCAAACACGACUUUACAGUCUUUCCGGUCUGUUGUGCAACAGUAUCUGGCUCGAGGAAGAGCGGGCCCUGGCCCUGGAUUCUCCCCUCAACCACCGGUGAACGAACCUCCUGUUGUUAUGAUCAUAUCGGAAACUCUCCUUUCCUCAUCUACUGCGCUCUCAGAUAGCUUCACCGCCCACCGACUUCUAGGGCCUGAGAUUCUCAACCACCCCUAUGUCACCACCAUUGAGUUCAACCCCGUGGCGACCACGUUCGUCUCAAAGGCGCUGGACCUUGUCAUCAAGAAGGAAGCUCGGGAUUCCAAGAGACGACGCAUCCCUGGUCCGGCCGUCAUUCAACAAAUUGCCGAGAUGGGUGACGUAAGAAGUGCUGUCAACUCCCUCGAGUUUCUCUGUUUGAGGAAUGAAGACGGUUCUGAAUGGUCAGGCAGGGUGGCCGGUGUAAAGGCCAAGAAAUCAUCCAAAGAUGCUCUACCGCUCACAGAGAUGGAGAAGAAUUCUCUGCAGUUGAUCAGUCAAAGAGAGACUACCCUUGACAUGUUUCAUGCUGUUGGCAAAAUCGUUUACAACAAGCGAGAAGACCCGAGAGUGCAAGACACCCGUGCAGAGCCUCCACCGAAGCCUCCGGACCAUCUCCUACAUCUUUAUACGCCCAAAGCGUCCCUUGUUGACUUUGAUGCCCUGCUCAACGAAACAGGGACUGACAUACAAACGUUCAUCUCGGCCAUCCACGAAAACUACAUUCUCUCAUGUAACGGCGACUUGUUCGAUCAAUCAUUUGACGGCUGUUCCGAGAUACUUUCUGCUUCCGAUGUCCUCAAUCCGGACAGUCGGCCCUCCCGCCGUGCCAUCAACAACCCCAAUGCGUCCAUAAUCCAGGCCAGUCUUCAGGCCGGUAGUUCUGACACCCUGCGCCAGGAUGAAAUUAGUUUUCAAGUCGCGACAAGAGGUGUUUUGUUCAAUCUCCCUAAUCCGGUCAACCGUGCAAGUGUACCGGGCGGCAAGCGAGGCGACAACUUCAAGAUGUUCUACCCACAGAGUCUUCGCUUGUGGAAAACCAUCGAGGAAACAGACAGUAUUGUGGCCAUGCUCUCGCAUGAUGUUGGCGCAAACCAUUCCUCCGGCAGCAACAACACUUUAUCAGCGGCUGCAGAUCAAGGGGUUGCAACAUGGCGAUCUCGCGGGAUUGGGAAUGGUGUGACUCCCGUGCAUAUGGACGUGGGAGAUGGUCGAUCUGAUGAAGAGGAGCCGCCUUUGACGUAUCAACUCCGCCGCAGCAGAGAUACAAUGAUUAUGGAGAUCCUUCCAUUUGCUCAGCGCGUCCUCUCCGCCCGUGCACAGGAUACCAGGACCUUGGACCGAAUCACAAAGUUCAGACCCAGUGCUUUCAACCCCUCGCUCGCCGACCUGGACGGCGACGUUGAUCUCGAGGCAGAGGGCGAGGUGGACGCAUCGUUUCACGACGAUCGUGUGGACGCAGGUUCGAAUGCCACUGGAGUUGCAUCCUUAACAAUGCCUCCACCACCAUAUCCAUUGUUGUCUAAGAGCCGAUUCCAGACUGCUGGCCUCCCGAAAAAGGGAUUAGGGUCGAACAGCGCCCAGACGACGACGGCACCAACUCCGGCGAUUGAGACGUUGUAUCUUGAAGAAGACGAUAUCGUAGAUGAUUAGUUGACAUGAUCAUUGUCCUUGUAUGUUGGCUCACGGGCAAUAGCCAACGGCUUCAUAUAACCACUGUUUCGGUGUCCUUGGGGACAUUGCAUCGUUUGAUCCACACACACUGCCAUUCAAACCAUCUCUAAUUAAGUCUUGCUCAUCCUCGAUGGUUUUUCUGCAGAAAAUACAUCAUGUUGGGGCAGCGGUGGUCAGAGACUGAUCCUUCACCCGUGCUGGCGGGUAUUUCUAUUUACACUAAUCCUGCCCGUCGGAACAAAGACUCUCAAUUCAUACUGCGCGGACUGUCACCGUCACUUUUCAAACCAGCCAUCCUCCCGAAUACGAAACGCAAAAGACACCGCCGUGGCUGCAAACAAGCCCAUACACAGAGCAGUCGUGCCGUACUUG